ACCUCGCAUACAAACGAGGCUGAUUCAAGAUGGCGUCUGAGAGAGAAAAACAUUGAGUUCUUGUAUCAUUGUUGUUAUUCCAUUUAGUGCAAAAUACUACGUCAAAACGCAUCUUUUACAGCAACUAUGAAAGAGUUCAUAUUCUAUUACGACGUUGUUUGUCCAUUCGCAUACGUGGCUAGUAGAGUAAUUGAGGGUUUUGCUAAGCGAACAGAAUCAAAAAUCAUUUGGAAGCCUGUCCUUCUUGGUGGUCUUUACAAAGGCACAACAGGAGAUGGGAAUUCCUCCGCAUACAACCAAAUGUGUCCAGCCAAGGUCAAGAUUAUAUCUGAAGAUCUUAAAAGGACAAUGUAUCGAAAUGGUGUAGAGGCCAUUGAACCAUCACAGUUUCCAAGGAAUUCCCUGAGCAGCAUGAGGUUAUUGGCAGCUGCAUCGCAAUACUCUCCCCAGACAUGUAUCAACCUUACGCACUGGCUAUACAGAGCUUUCUGGGUUCAUGACAAAGAUGUUGCAAAGCUAGAUGUCUUAGAAGAAGGUGUGUCAUCAGUUGGCUGGGAUGUAAAUGUAAAUGAGACAAUAAAUGGGGUCGGCAAGGAGAUACUCUGGAAAAAUGUAAAUGAAGCCUUAGACCGAGGUGCCUUUGGUGUUCCCAGUUUCUGGGUGAAUAACAAGUUAUUGUAUGGAGUAGACCAUCUGCAUAUGCUUGAACAUGAAUUAGGAAAUCCUUCAGCAGCCCCUCUUCGUCUUGCUUCUCCACCAGCUCAUCCAACUAAUACAAAGUUAACAAUAUAUCAUGAUUUUGCAAGUCCUUGGAGCUAUCUAGGAUCAACACAGAUCACCCAGUUACUAAAAAGUGUAUAUCCUGUCCAAGUAGAGGUGGAAUGGGUGCCUAUUGUGUUGGGUGCUUUAUUCAAGACUAUAGGAACCCCUGUGGUCCCUAUGCAGGCUGUUAGUGAAGCUAAGCGUAACUAUGGAGUUCAAGACCUGAAGGACUGGUUGAAGUAUAAAAAGGUGGAAUUGAAUUGGACCUCUCAUUUCCCAUUGAGGACAAUACUUCCUUUAAGAGUGUCUCUAGUAGAUGGAGAUGAUAGGCUGCGGCAAGUUAUUUAUGAAGCUGGAUGGCGAUAUGAUAAGAAUAUUGGUGAAAAAAAGGUCUUGCGAGAAGUAUUGCUAGAUGCAGGGUUCAAUGCAGAUCAUUUGAUAGAACAAACACAAAGACAAGAUAUCAAGGAUAAGCUCAGAGCAAAUACAGAAAGGGCUGUAAAGAAUGGUGUUUGUGGAGUACCCAGUUAUCAAGUCAAUGAUGGUGCUAUACUCUGGGGUCAAGAUCGACUCAACAUUGUAGCAGAUUUGCUAUGUGGUUGGAAAGACUUCACACAGGCUGCCGUCAGUAGUAAACUGUGAUGAUGAUUGUUCUUUGAUUGUUUGCUCUUUGAUUGUUCUUACUGGGUAAUUAUGCUUUUUAAAUUCAACAUCAUCAUAAGUUUGUCUAAAACUGUUAAAUUUGGAGUUUUUACUAUGUACAACAUCCGAUCCUGAAGCAUGAGUUUUAAGUCAGUGCCUGUUCACCAGAGAGAGUGACUACUGUGAACGCCGCCAUUUUCUUCACAAAAACUUCAUUUCAAAUGUAAGGCCCAAAAAAGGCUUUGUUAACAAAGUCUGUGAUACUUCUGCCAAUGGGCAUCUUGUUUUAAGUGGAGCUACUAAAAAGAACGAACACAGUCACUGAUACAAUAUCAAUCUCAAAAAACAGCAUCAUAUUAAUUGCUUUGAAUUUUAUUCAACCAACAAUUAUUAUAUAAUAAAAUAAACAGAAACCAAAUAAAUUUUAAAUUAAAUUUAAAUUUACACAAAUGAGGAAUUAUUUCCUUCAAAACUAGAUAUAAAGCCACUGUUCAUACUAAUUUCUUUUUUGGUCUACCAAGAAUAUAUUCUGCAGUAGUAAAAUAAAUGUUCAAAAUGUAUGGAGUUCUCAAAGGCUCCUUUUGUGAAAAAUAAUUUAGAGAGUUGUAUCUUCCAACUGACCAUUCAAAAAUAGUUCCCAAACUUCCAAAAGGUUUCUGAAAAAAAAACAUUCUUUUUGUUCAUUUCUAUAACACAAAAACAUUCAUACAGCCAGAAUUGUAAUUUGUAGUUUAGUUUAGGUGGAGAAGUAAUUUUCUAGAAUACCUAAUGAUGUACAUAAUUAUAUUUAAUAAUCUGUAAUCUUGAUUUUUGAUUUGCACAUUAUUGUCGACAUAUCAUAUAUACAGUACAUAUUAUUAUUGUUGAUGCCAUUCCCAUACCUCGCCAUGGAGGACAUUUAAAAAAGGUUACCCACUCCACUGGAAUUUCCAAUUUUCUUCCAUUCAAAGCUUGAAAUUUUGUUUUUUCUCUGACCGCCCACCCCCUGGAAAUUCCGGAUGGUGGGGUAUGGAUAUUUUGUGGAACUACAUAUGUGAUUUUUCUCACCACCUUCAAAAUAUUUCAAAAAAGAUUAUAUUUCAAGAUACUGUAUAUUUAACUAAUUAGUACUAUUUAUGAAAUUAUAUACACGCCAUCUUCUAUUAUGAGUAAGAUGCAAUAAACCUGAUGCAUUAAUAGAUUCAGAUAAGUUUUGAGCAUUUCUUAAAGGCGGUAGUCUGUGAACAUCAAAUGUCUGACUGUGCAGAGAAUGGUGGAUGAUUUCCACCACAUCAUAACCUACAGCAAUAAGAAAAUACAGAACUACAGGGUACUUUAGAUAGAUGAGGAAUCUAGACAGGGGAACUGGUACUCCAAGAUGUCUGGAAAAAAAACACAACACGAAUCAAGUUGCCUUGCUGCCAGUUCUUUUUGGGCACAGUAAAAAACGAAUCAAACCAUCCAUCCACUGAAAAACAAAUGAUUAGAACUGAAGAAGCCUUAAUAAAAAGGGAUGAAAAGAGAAAAAAUAGGAUAAACAGAAUUUGUCAUUGGACACAUCCUACUGGUCUAUUUCACUCGCAGCUGUUUAUCAUUUAUCAUCUUGAAGAUACACUACUCAUCAAGUGUUUCGCAGAUCACAAUUACAGAGGGAACCCAAAUACCAGAUAUAUGCAGAUCAGGUUAAUGAGGAGUUACUGUGCAAGCACAACAAGAUUCUAGUCACCAGACCUUGUACCGGAUCAUGUACUUUACAAAAGGGAAAUACUGGACAUGCACAACAGUCCUAUUCCCAGAACCCCAUGGUUACCAGAGUAGAGAUAUUGCAAAAGUUUCUGGGUACACCCAAUACCACCUAAGUGGCAUACUUACUCAUAUGUCGAAGUGCUGCCCCCAUUGUCAGAAAAGAAACAGUUAUGCUAAUCAUUACGAAGACUUGAAUAAGUACAGCUAUCCAUGCAAACUCUGAGUACUCCUUGUGCAGAAUCUAGUUGUAAAAAAAGUCUGAGACACAUCCAACACUUUUUUUUUUAUUUAGUAACAUUGCACAGGCUGGGAAAAGACUCGCACAAUAAUCAGCUAAGGGAGGUUUCAAUUUGCACAUGCUUUCUUCACUGGAGGGACAGAAAAUUACUGGUAGAAAAAGAACUGUUUUACUUACCUCUGUUAAUGGAAUUGUUGAUAUCUGACCAUUCGCUUCAGCCCUGGAAGGGAAAAGGUCCCUUAUCAAUAGUUAAUGAGUAAAGGUUUUUUUUAUUACUAGCGAGGUUUCUUACCACUGCAAGGAACUGUUUCUCGAACAAGAUUCUUGUGAUUUUAGUACAUUGUCAGUGACAUUGGAAGUCAGCAAACUGCGUCGGCUUGCAGGAGAAUCUAUGAAGCACUGUUUCUGUGGAACAAUCUCUAGUACUGCGUAACACCUUAAAUAUGAAAAAAGAUACAACACAUGUUAAGGGUGUUGGUGGGGAGGGGUGGGGAUAUGACUGGGAACCCAACCUGAAUUAUCAAAAUACACCUUUUUCAAGUUGCAAAUUACUGCUGUGUUUCUUGAUUACAGACUCAUUUACUCGGGCUUAGCCUAGAUUUUGUGAAGAAUAUUCACGUGUUCCAGUCAAGGUCCGUCAAGUUUCAAAGUGUUCGUAUUGUUGAACUUGUGCAUUCUUUACUUUACCGUUGGUAUGUGUGAAUAUUUAGACACUGAUUCGAGGCUAAGCCUGAGUAAAUGAGUCUGUAAUCAAGAAACACCGUGGUAAUUAAUUGGGAACUUGAAAGUAGUCUAUUGGGGAAAGACUGAAAUAGCACCCUUGUUCAUUACAGAAGAUUUUGCCAGACAUGGCACCAUCAUGGUUGAAUUGGAGUCAUCCAUAAAAAUACAUGGGCGCAAAUGACAGUCAAGGCAUGGCACUACAUUUCUGUACCAUGGGUUUGUUUGCUCUCUUAAGACUCGUGUCAAGUACACUACCUGUUUAAACAAUAUUUUAUUAAUACACACUGGGUGAUUAGUUUCCUUACCAAAGAAUGUUGAGUAUGGUACAUGUAAAAGUGCCAGCGAUUAUCGCCUGUCUGUACUGCAACACCUUAAAAUGAAUGAUUAUACAGGUGAUUGGUAAAUAAAGUCAAUAUAGAUAUGAGACACUGUAA